AUGGGUUUGGUGGAAACAAAGAAAGAGGAUAUUGAUGAUUUUACAAUUCGUAGACUUUGGCCGAAUUUGGAUUUUGAUUAUUGUUAUUCUAGCUCAGUGGGUGCUUCGGGAGGCCUACUUUGUGUUUGGAAUUCUAGUUUGAUUUCUCCGACUCGAAUCAACAAGAAUGAUAGAUGGAUUUCUUUGGAUUUUAAUUGGUUUUCUAAAUCAAUUCGGUUCAUAUUGCUUUACGCUCCUAAUUGUCCUAAUGAAAGGGCUGUUAUAUGGAUGGAUCUCCAGCAGGAAAUAGAUUGUGAGGGUUUAUGCUUCCUUUCAGGCGACUUUAAUGAGAUUUUGAGUCCUAAUGAGAGAUUGAAUUGCACUACUUUCUCUACUUCCAUGAUUGCUUUUGCUGAGUUUAUUAAUAUGGCGGGGUUGUUGGAGGUUCCAUUACAAGGCCGUUUUUUCACUUGGCAAAAUAGAAUUUCCAAAUCAAAGAUCGAUCGAUGUUUCGUCUCUCCGUUGGUUUUUAGUACUUGGCAAGAUUUACACUUGAACGCUUUAUCAAGAUCAUUCUCAGACCAUGUUCCUAUUUUGUUUUCUUCGUCAGGAAAAAUUGAUUGGGGCCCUCGUCCUUUUAGGUCAAUAAAUGCUUGGUGGGAUCAUCCGAAAUUUUUAGAUUUUGUUAUUUCUGCUUGGCAUUCUAUAUCUACUUCUAAUCAAAAUUGUUCAUUAGUUUUUAAACUUCGUGAUCUCAGGAAAACAGUUAAGGACUGGAAUACGAGUGUUUUUGGUGAUCUGAAUUCCAAGGCUGCUUCUAUUCAGCUUAAUAUUGAGAAAAUUGAAUCUGCUUCUGAUUCAAGACAGCUUACAGCGGAUGAGUCUCAUUCAUUGGGUAAGGCGAGACUGAACUGGAAUCUCUUAGGUGAUAAGAACACUUCGUUCUUUCAUUUAGCUGCCAACAUUCAUGCUAAAAACAACUUGAUUUCUGAAAUUUGGGUGGAUGAUAAUCGGUAUUACAGACCUGCAGAAAUCAGACUUAACAUCUGUAACUAUUUUUGUUCUUUUUAUAAGAAGAGCACGCAGAUUAAUUUCAGCCUUCAGACUUUCAGUUUUAGAACGCUUCCUUGGGAGUCAGGCCUUUCUUUGACAGCAACUUUUGACGAGAGGAGGAAGUGUAUAAUGCUCUUAAGAGUUGCGAUCCUAACAAAGCACCGGGACCAGACGGAUUCAACAUGUUCUUCUACUCUAAAUCUUGGCAGUUUAUUAGCUCCGCUUCUUCCUCGUGUAAUUUCGGAUAACCAGUUCGGUUUCAUCAAGGGGCGUAGUAUACAUGAAUGCCACUCUAUUGCUUCUGAAAUUAUCCAUUUAUCGUCAAGGCGUAAAGAGAAAAUUCUUCUUCUCAAAUUAGACUUCCAAAAGGCUUUUGAUAGCGUCUCAUGGUCGUUUAUUUUGACUGUUCUUAAGCAAAUGCAAUUCAGCAAUACUUUGGUUGAUUGGAUAUCCUGUCUUUUAAAUACAUCACAGCUUUCGGUUCUCGUUAAUGGGAGCCCCUCUGAUAGAUUUUUCAUGGAACGUGGUGUUAGGCAAGGUGACCCUCUUUCCCCGAUGUUGUUCGUCAUCGCAGCUGAGGGAUUUAAAAUUAUGAUGGACAAAGCAAAGGAGUUGGGUCUUAUUGAAGGUAUUUCUAUCCAAGAUUAUCAUGAAUCUUUAUCUUUACUGCAGUUCGCAGACGAUACUCUGCUUUUUAUUCCGUAUAAUUUGGAAAUGGUGAGAAAUUUGUUACGUAUCCUUCGUUGUUUUGAGCUUGUUUCUGGACUUCGUAUCAACUUCCAAAAGAGUUCGAUUAUUGGGCUGAAUGUCUCAGAUAAUGAUCUAAAUGCAGCUGCGAUGAUAUUGAAUUGCAAAACUGAGAAGUUGCCUUUUGACUACUUGGGAAUGCCUUUGUCUAAUAAGCCACUGAAGAUUGCUCACUUAGCUCCUCUAAGACAGAACUUUUGUAAUCGUUUCGCUCAAUGGAAAGGUAAUCUCCUUUCUCCAGCGGGUCGUUUGGUUAUGAUUAAAUCAGUCCUUGCAAGUUUACCUGUUUAUACAAUGUGCAAUUUUGCUAUUCCUUCGGGUGUUAUUGCUUCUUUGGAAAAAUUCAUGCGAUCAUUUCUUUGGUCUAGCUCUUCUUCGGUGGUUCGAGAGAGUUCUAAUCUUAGUUCGUGGCAUGUUUUGUCUAAUACAAACCAAGCUAACUUAUCGUCAAUGUGGCGUGGGAUUCGCAAGAUUUGCGUUAACAAUACGGAUAUUUGGAACCUGUUUUGUGGUAAUAUUCAUUUUAAUGUGGGGAAUGGAGAAAUGAUUAAAUUUUGGAAGGAUUUAUGGAUUAAGGAUCAGCUUAUCCCUUUAUACAUUUCUCAUGCUCAGUUGUUUAUUCUUUCCAUGAACAAAGAGGCCUGCCUGCGGGAUGUAGCUGAUGUAAAUGGAGUAAUCUCGUCGUUCACUUGGAAGAGGAGGCUUAGAAUUGGAGAGGCUGAUAGUUGGGAAAUUGUUUGCGGGUCUUUUAGUCGGAUUUACCUUCAUCAGAACAAGUUAGAUUUUGUAAGAUGGAGUAACAAAGAUGUCAGCUUCAGUCCCGCAAGUUUCUGCAGAUUAUUAAGCAACAAUUCAGCUUUUGACAGCAGCUUCUUGUCCGGUCUUUGGAAGCAGAAAAUUCCACCAAGAUUUCAGUUCUUCAUUUGGCUCUUACAUAAGGAGCGGAUUGCUUCAAAAUGGCACCUGUUCCAGCGUGGUGUAUUAACUGUAGAUCAGCAAUUUUGUGCAAAUUGCAGUGAGAAGGAGACGGGAAUUCAUAUAGUUUUGCACUGUAAUAAUGCUUGGGUUUUUUGGUGUAAUCUUCUUGGUCGCAUUCAGAUUACAGCGAGGAAUCAAAAAGUUUUCAAAGAGACGACGUCGGACUACAGAGACUUAGUUUUUCUUUGUGUUUCCAAGGGUGUGAUUCACUAUAAAUAUCACAAUCCUUCUUUUCCGUACAGUGGUAAUGAUGUUUUUAGGAGCCUUGAUUUCAUUUUCCGGUCUUAA